AUGACUUAUUUGGUCUUGGAUCCUACUUCUUUGUCGUUGAGAUUCCCUAAGGCUUCAGAGUCGAAGACUUUGAGUGUCAGGAUUUUGGCCCAGGUGGUUGAGUACGAUAUAGAGGGCGCUACACUAUCACUAAGGAAAGUUCCAAAUGUACCGGAUAUAUAUGAAACGGUGGAUUUAAAUGAUACUGAUGUAGAUGCCGAAGAACAUACAUACAAUGGAGCUAGUUCUUCUGGUGAGAGUAUGCUCAUCAUAAAUGUGAAUCACAUUGUGAAUGAGCUCUCCGCAGAUACCACAAUGGUUGGAGGCUUCGUAGAUGUAACCGGGUAUUAUAAUGGUUCCAAUGUAGCAGUAGUUUCUUGUAUGCGUGUGGAUGGAAGAGAGUUUCUUGAUCCUAAAAAGUUGUUAGUCAUGAUUGAAAUGGAUAAAAUGAGAAAAUUACAAUGA